AUGUGGCGAGCGCACAUUUUUGAAAUCUAAAAAUUUGAGUCGUGCGCACAUGUGCGCAUCCAUUAAAAACCCUAUUCAAAUGCCAAUGCGCAUAUUUUUAAUAAAUAAUAAAAUAGGUUUUAUAUUUUAUAUAAUUAAAAUAAAUCUCUAUCAAAACAAUCAUAUCAUCAUCUGAUUAACAAUCUUCUUCAAUAUAAGGGUUAAAGAGUAAACAUUAAUAAGAAAUAGAACUAUUAAAGUAAAAUUAAAAGCUUGAGUUACAAUAGAUAAACUCUUACACAAAAGAAGAAACAGAACACAUAUAGAAAACCAGCAAAAUUAAAUAAAAACAAAAAAAAAAGCUAGAGAAGAAAUAACUGUUUAAUCAGAUAGCAAUAAUGA